AUGGAGCUUCCACUCCUACUGCAUCAUGCCCUCUUUGCACUAAGCUUUUGCUUCUCAAUUUUCUCGGGAUCGUGUGAUGAUUUUCUAUCCGUGAACGAGAAUUCAAGUCCAUCUCCAUUUCCAAGCAACUUUCUUUUUGGAACUGCAUCUUCUUCAUAUCAGUUUGAAGGAGCCUACUUGGCUGAUGGUAAAGGACCAAAUAACUGGGAUGUUUUCACUCAUAAGCCAGGUACGAUAGUGGAUGGAACAACUGGUGAUGUUGCUGUUGAUCAUUACCAUCGUUAUCAGGAAGACGUGAAUCUGAUGGAACACAUUGGAGUGAACAGCUAUCGCUUCUCAUUAUCUUGGGCGAGAAUUCUGGGCAAGGGUAGAUUUGGCAAUGUGAACAGAGCUGGCAUUGAUUACUAUAAUCGCCUAAUUGAUGCACUUCUCCUCAGAGGAAUAGAACCCUUUGUCACCAUAACCCACUAUGACAUUCCUCAGGAACUUGAGGACAUUUAUGGAGGCUGGCUAAGUCCUAAAAUCCAGGAGGAUUUCAGGUACUAUGCUGAUAUAUGCUUCAAGAACUUCGGAGACACAGUGAAAUACUGGGUGACAUUUAAUGAGCCAAACGUUGCUAUUGCUCGUGGUUAUAGAACAGGGAUGUGGCCACCAUCUCGUUGCUCUGCUCCGUUUGGCAAUUGCUACAGUGGUGGGGAUUCUGAGAGGGAACCUUUCAUUGCAGCCUCUAACCUUCUCUUAUCCCAUGCAGCAGCUGUUGACCUGUAUAGAACCAAAUAUCAAAAAAAUCAGGGAGGGAAAAUUGGAAUUGUGAUGAAUGCUUGGUGGUUUGAACCCGUCAGUAACUCCUCAGAAGACAAGUUAGCUGCUGAGAGAGCUCAGUCAUUUUAUAUGAAUUGGUUUUUGGACCCAAUUAUACUAGGAAAGUAUCCAGAAGAAAUGCAAGAAAUAUUAGGACAAGACCUCCCAACAUUUUCAAGACAUGAUCUACAUCAACUCAAGAGCGGGUUGGAUUUCAUUGGACUAAAUCACUAUACCAGUGCCUAUGUAAAAGAUUGCAUCUUCUCUGCAUGUGAACCAGGACGAGGGUCUUCAAAGACAGAAGGUUUUGCUCUAAUAUCAGCACAAAUGAAUGGCCUCAGCAUUGGGGAACCACAAGGAAUGGAGAAGAUGGUGACUUACGUAAAGCAAAGGUACAACAAUAUACCAAUGUUCAUCACCGAAAAUGGACUUGGGACGAGGGAGAAUUCCAACCCCACCACUAAAGAUAUAAUCAAAGAUGUCCAACGAGUGGAUUACUUAAGUGAUUACUUGGAUUCCUUGGCAACAGCAAUAAGGAAAGGAGCAGAUGUGAGAGGGUACUUUGUGUGGUCACUGCUUGACAACUUCGAGUGGACCGAUGGAUUAAGUGUAAGGUUUGGGCUUCAUCAUGUGGAUUAUGGUACUCUCAAUAGAACCCCAAGAUUAUCGGCAUUUUGGUACAAAAACUUCAUUGCUAAUCAUAAGGCUCGCUCAAGCACAAGGCCUAUGCAUACCCAAGAGAGGUGA